CCCCCUCCUCUUACUCCCCCUCCCCCUCCUCUUACUCCCCCUCCCCCUCCUCUUACUCCCCCUCCCCCUCCUCUUACUCCCCCUCCCCCUCCCCCUCCUCUUACUCCCCCUCCCCCUCCUCUUACUCCCCCUCCCCCUCCCCCUCCUCUUACUCCCCCUCCCCCUCCUCUUAAUCCCCCUCCCCCUCCUCUUACUCCCCCUCCCCCUCCCCCUCCUCUUACUCCCCCUCCCCCUCCCCUUACUCCCCCUCCCCCUCCCCCUCCUCUUACUCCCCCUCCCCCUCCUCUUACUCCCCCUCCCCCUCCUCUUACUCCCCCUCCCCCUCCCCCUCCUCUUACUCCCCCUCCCCCUCCUCUUACUCCCCCUCCCCCUCCCCCUCCCCCUCCUCUUACUCCCACUCCCCCUCCCCCUCCCCCUCCUCUUACUCCCACUCCCCCUCCCCCUCCUCUUACUCCCACUCCCCCUCCUCUUACUCCCCCUCCCCCUCCCCCUCCUCUUACUCCCACUCCCCCUCCUCUUACUCCCACUCCCCCUCCUCUUACUCCCCCUCCCCCUCCCCCUCCUCUUACUCCCACUCCCCCUCCUCUUACUCCCACUCCCCCUCCCCCUCCCCCUCCUCUUACUCCCACUCCCCCUCCCCCUCCCCUUACUCCCCCUCCCCCUCCCCCUCCUCUUACUCCCACUCCCCCUCCUCUUACUUCCACUCCCCCUCCCCCUCCCCCUCCCCCUCCUCUUACUCCCACUCCCCCUCCCCCUCCCCUUACUCCCCCUCCCCCUCCCCUUACUCCCCCUCCCCCUCCCCCUCCCCUUACUCCCCCUCCCCCUCCCCUUACUCCCCCUCCCCCUCCCCCUCCCCUUACUCCCCCUCCCCCUCCCCUUACUCCCCCUCCCCCUCCCCUUACUCCCCCGCCCCUUACUCCCCCUCCCCUUACUCCCCCUCCCCCUCCCCUCCCCCCCUCUCCCUCCCCUCCCCUUACUCCCCCUCCCCCUCCCCUCCCCCCCUCUUACUCCCCCUCCCCCUCCCCUCCCCCCCUCUUACUCCCCCUCCCCCUCCCCUCCCCCCCCUCUUACUCCCCCUCCCCCUCCCCUCCCCCCCCUCUUACUCCCCCUCCCCCUCCCCUCCCCCCCUCUUACUCCCCCUCCCCCUCCCCUCCCCCCCUCCCCCUCCCCUCCCCCCCUCUUACUCCCCCUCCCCCUCCCCUCCCCCCCUCCCCU